AUGGUGUCUUCGAUUAAAUUGGAAUUAAGGAAGGAAGAUCAGCUACCUUCCCUUUUUGAACUAUUAUCUGGGGACUCUUCUGAUGAUUUUGACCUCCCAUACCUGGUGUACAUCACCCAAAGUUCUCCACAGUCAUUAGAGACAGACCAUAUGGACCAGACCAGUACCACAGAUAGCAGUGCUAUUUCCACAGGGACAGAUAACGGUGCUAUUUCCACAGGGACAGAUAACGGUGCUAUUUCCACAGGGACAGAUAGCAGUGCUAUUUCCACAGGGACAGAUAAUGGUGCCAUUUCCAUAGGGACAGAAAGCAAUGCUAUUCCCAUAGGAACAGGUAGUAGUACUAUUUCCACAGGGACAGAUAGCAGUACUAUUUCCACAGGGACAGAUAACAGUGCCAUUUCCAUAGGGACAGAAAGCAAUGCUAUUCCCAUAGGAACAGGUAGCAGUGCUCAUGCUGCAGGGACAGAUAGCAGCACCAAUGCCACAAACCAGAUCUUGGAGACAAACCCUAACUUGAAUAUUUCACCUGUAACUGUAAGGAUGCCAAGGAUUCCUACCUGUACAAUAUGUUCAGACAGAUUUUCAGAUUCAUUUUUGAAUUGUGGCCACAUUCUCUGUUUUGUAUGUGCCACAGAGCUAACAGAGCGUGGAUCCCUCUGUCACAUCUGCAGACAGGAAUUUACUACAGUGUCUCGGCUGUAUUAUUAA